UAAGCUGAUUAUGUUGAGUAAAGUAAUCGCAGCUUAGGGGAUCAAAUGUGUUUCGAGCACACUUGUGUGCACUGUGUUCAAUAACUUCGAUGCAGUUCAAGUGAUUUGUGUUAAGAAUUUAGUUAACAAAAUUAAAACAAAUUUGAGUGCCAAAUGGGUGAAGAUAUUUUGAUUAAAGAUUGCAAAGUGUAUUCUGGAAGUAAAUCUAAAGCAGUCCAAAUGGACAACCAGGAGUUAGACUUGCAGUUUGUAAAACAAAAACUCGAGAUUGUUCAAGCUUCCAUAAUUAAAGAUGUUGACCGAAAGUUGACAACGAUGAUUGAAGAAGUUCUUCAAGACCUACGCCUAAAAGACCUGCAAGAUCAAGAGUUUAAUAAUUUUGCUAAAAGAAAAAAUAACAAUCUAACAUGGAGUAACAGAUUACCCAAAAAACAACAAUCACAGACUGAAAACGCUGAAAUAAAAGACAGUUCACCAGCAAAACAGAAAAGAACACUUCCCGAUAAAGUGUUUGUUGUUAGAGAAUCUUACCUUACAGCAUUGCUCGAAGUUGACCAUAUGAAAAGUAUCUACAAUAUAUUUUUCAUUAUAUUGACAGUUUUCCUGUUGAACAGUGUUUGUUACGAUUACUUUGUAUUGGGAAAGGUUAAUUUUGGACUAGGCACGAUAAAAAUAGGAAUGCGAGAUAUUCAUUUAGUUAUGGGUAUAUGGAUCCUUAUGCACAUCCCAGUAUUGAUGGUGUAUUGUGCCUUCAAUCUGUGGGUUCACAUUCGACAAAAAUGCAUAAAUAAUAAAACUCUUAAAGCCCUCUGGAGCUAUUCAUGCUUGACGUUUUUCGUGAUUCUUCAAUUAUCUCUCCUUUAUGUUGGAACUAGCUCAUGUCUUCGAUUGGAUCUACCUUAUGUACCAGGUGCUGUGAUGCUUCUUGAAACUACCCGACUGAUGAUGAAAGUUCAUGGUUUUGUUCGAACGAACGCGGGCAAAAUUCUAGAUGCAGAAUACAAGACAGAAGGCAAGAAGAAUAGUAAAGCAGUACAAACGCCACCUUUUACAUGCUACCUUUACUACCUCUUUGCACCAACUCUCAUUUAUCGGGACUCGUAUCCUCGCACAAAUCAUAUCCGAUGGACAUUUGCUCUAAACCGUAUUUUGGAAGUCGUUGGGGUGGCUUUUUUUUACAGUUACAUCUACGAACGCCAUAUUCAUGUCCAUUUUUCAAAUUUCGGCUUGGAAGAAUUAACAAAUGCAAGCUUGAUUGUGAAAAUGUUUGGAAUGAUAAUGCCGGGCUUCUUUAUUUUCCUUGCUGCCUUUUAUAUGGUUUUGCAUGCGUGGCUGAAUUUCACUGCUGAAUUGCUGCGAUUUGGUGACCGGAUGUUCUACAAAGACUGGUGGACGGCAAGAAACUAUGAAGGAUAUUUUCGUAAUUGGAAUGUCGUUGUUCAUGAUUGGUUGUAUGAAUAUAUAUACAAGGACUGUUACAAUCACAUAUUUAAAGGUUCAAAAUUGGCUUCAUCGUUGCUUGUGUUUUUCGUAUCAGCAUAUAUGCACGAGCAUAUCAUUGGUGUAGCACUUCAAAUGUUUUAUCCAGUGUUAUUUUGUAGUUUUGGAAUCUUAGGUGUAGUUUUAGUGUUUGCAACAAAAGAUUUUCCUCCAAGGUUCGGUAAUAUGUUUUUGUGGUUUACUCUAAUAACUGGAAGUAGUUUCCAAAUAUCAACGUACUCAAUGGAAUAUUUUGCUAGACAAAACUGUCCAGAAGUUGAACCAAAAACCUUGAUAGAAUGGCUAACUCCCGUGUCUUGGGUUUGUAAUGGAAUGCAAUGAGUUGAUAAUCUUAAAAAUAGUUAAUGUGAUGCCAUAAAUGUUAGUCUAAGAUUCCGGUGGAUUUGUGUGUCCUGAACUCUCGGAUGAUUCUUAUGUUUACCUACUAAAUGUUUCUUCAUAAAAUUAACUGGCUCAAAAAACAACAAUGCAUGGUCUGUUCAUGUCGUGUUGAAAGACCAUGAUCACAGCGGAGCAGUGCAGUUAUUUUGGAACUGAUAUAGGAAAACAUAAA